UGAUUGGCUCCUGGGGCACAUAAGAAUCCAGUGACUGAGCGGCUGUUGUGGGCAGAAACUUGCCGAAGGUCUUUGGUUGGCAUCGCCCUUUUCUGCUCACCAGCCCACUGGCGAGCCAAAUCUGGAGAGGAUGAGGACGUCCUGUGUCCUGCUCACCGCCCUGGUGGCGUUGGCCGCCUACUACGUGUACAUCCCCCUGCCCAACGCCGUGUCUGAUCCCUGGAAGCUGAUGCUGCUGGACGCGACUUUCCGGGGCGCACAGCAAGUGAGUAACCUGAUCCACUACCUGGGCCUGAGCCAUCAUCUUCUUGCCCUGAAUUUUAUCAUUAUUUCUUUCGGCAAGAAAACUGCCUGGUCGUCUGCUAAGGUGAAAGUGACAGAUACUGACUUUGAUGGUGUGGAAGUCAGAGUGUUUGAAGGCUCCCCGAAGCCAGAAGAGCCAUUGAGACGCAGCAUUCUUUAUGUGCAUGGAGGAGGCUGGGCAUUGGCAAGUCCAAAAAUCAGCUAUUAUGAUGACCUAUGUACAGUAAUGGCAGAAGAAUUGAAUGCUGUCAUAGUCUCCAUUGAAUACAGGCUAGUUCCAAAGGUUCACUUUCCUGAACAAAUUCAUGACAUUGUACGUGUCACCAAGUAUUUCCUGCAACCUGAAGUCUUACAGAAGUAUUCGGUUGACCCGGACAGAAUUGGUAUUUCUGGUGACAGUGCUGGUGGGAAUUUGGCUGCUGCCCUAGGCCAACAGUUUAGUCAAGACACCAACCUAAGAAACAAGCUCAAACUGCAAGCUUUAAUUUAUCCGGUUCUUCAAGCUUUAGAUUUUAACACACCCUCUUAUCAGCAGAAUGUCAACACCCCAAUCCUACCCCGCUAUGUCAUGGUAAAGUAUUGGGUGGAUUACUUCAAAGGCAAUUAUGACUUCGUCCAGGCAAUGAUAGUUAACAAUCACACCUCACUUGAUGUGGGAGAGGCUGCUGCCCUGAGGACCCGUCUGAACUGGACAUCCCUCUUGCCUGCCUCCAUCACAAAGAACUACAAGCCUGUCAUGCACACCACAGGCAAUGCCAGAAUCAUCCAGGAGAUUCCUCAGUUGCUAGAUGCCCGUUCUGCCCCACUCAUUGCAGACCAAGAAGUCCUCCAGCACCUUCCAAAGACUUACAUUCUCACGUGUGAGUAUGAUGUCCUAAGAGACGAUGGAAUCAUGUAUGCAAAGCGUCUGGAAAAUGCAGGUGUGGAGGUGACCCUCGACCACUUUGAAGAUGGCUUCCACGGGUGUAUGAUUUUCACCAGCUGGCCCACCAACUUCUCAGUGGGAAUCCGGACUAGGAAUAGUUACAUCAAGUGGCUGGAUCAAAACCUGUGAAGGAGUACAACUUCUAGAAGGCUUGAACCCGUCUUGACCUCUUGCACUUGCUUUGGAAGGAUGUACAUUUUUUAGUCAAAUGAUUUCUCCAUUACUUGUGACUUAUGGAAUCUCUAUUCCCUGCAGACUUGAUGAAAAUUGUGUUUUAUUUUGUUUUAAUGAACCUGAUUAACUUAAGUGCAAAACAUCGGAACCUGGUUCCCAAAGU